AUGUGUGAUGGAUCUUCUGAGGCGAUGGUUGAGGUGCAGAGGACCUGGGAGGGCGCUCAUGCUGACGUGGCUGUGCGGCCUUUGGGCGUGGAUGAGGAUUUGUGGCUGCCGGUCCAAGUCAAGUCGUGCAAAGAACAGAACAGCAAUGGUUGCUGGCACUUCAAUUGGGUGCACAAGUAUCCCGGCAUGCCGGUCGUCUGUGUGGCUCUUUCGGACUUUCGUAUCUGGUGCUAUGACGGAUCCAUGCUGAAGAUGCGCAUUCAGUGCUGUCAUCUUUCCGUGUACGAGAACGGGCAGUGGAACCAUUAGAGCUUCCGAUGCUCAACGGCACUUGAGGGCCCGGCAUCUCUGGCUCACAAGCUGCUGUUGGCUUAUGAGGACACCUUCUUUGCCAAAGACUCACUGGAUAACAUCAUACUGCAGCGGUCGGAGACGAGCCAGAAGGGCGAGGCAUCCAUUGCCGCAUGGGCUCCUCUGCUCUCUGCUGCUGGUGUUGAGGUCCAUCAGGAGCUCAUCUACGAGAUGACGCCCGUCGAUGCUAUCUGGUGGUGGAAUGGGAAGCGAUUCCUCAUUCAGCACAAGACAGCCAUCCUUCAUCACGUCAACAACGGCUCACAUCUUGUUAUCCUCCAGAAGAGCGCCGGCAACAAGGCCACUCAGCUGUACGAUGAAGCAGACUUCGACCUGCUGGCUGCCUCUCUGCCUGAAAAUCACCAUUUCUAUCUCUUUCCCAUGGCGGUGCUGGUGCAGCGGCGGCUGGUGAAUGGACACAGAGAGAGACGUCAGUGCACCGGGUCAGCAGUUAUGUUAUGGACCCGAGAGGCAGAGGCGAUGCAGAGACUCAAAGAGGCCAAGCGAUGCAGAGGGGGCGGGAGAGCAGACUUCUGGGCGAAUGAAUAUCUGAUCGACACACAUGCAGCAGAUGGCGGGGUGGGGAGGCUGCAUGCAAUCCUUGAGAGUGCAGGCUACUCAACAUGA